UUAGAGUGGUGUUUCAUCACCCAUCCGAGCAGCAGCUUCCAGUUAGAACUUGCAUUCUUCUGUGGCUGUGCACGGUCUGGGCGGCCCCAGCCCUCCUCAUAUGGGCCCCUUUCCAGCCAGCAGCCGGGAGCAGGGGGCUUGCUUCAUCUGCAGCCUCUCCAGGGUCCCUGCCGUCCUCCCUCUGCUGUCCAGCAGCUUGAGCUGGGGUUCCAUGUCAUAUGCUGGUUUUCUUAGUUGUUUCAGCUUACAGGGUGAAACGGGGCCUGCUGGUCUGAGUUGACCCACAGCUGAAUUCUGCCCUUCCUUGUUUUUUUCAGUCGAAGAAUUUCUGUAUAGGGCAGCCCGCGAUGUUGGAUCUGCUCUAACUACACGGAAUAAACUCUUCAUGUCAGGAAGAGCAACAUCUUUUGGAAUAGGGUGGUUUUCUUGCAUUUGUAGUUCUGUAUGGGAGUGUGGGAUUUUGCACAGAUGGUGCUAGCUUGCUCUUCCUAUUUAUAUGAUUAAGUAUGUACUAUCUUGCUAUUAAGGGCUUUCUGUAUAACAAUAAUAGCAGCAAGAUGAAAGCAGUGUUCGCGUGUCGGGGUCUCCCCUGGGCCGGGGCAUUGCUGCCGUCUGAGUGUGCUCAUCCCAGUCCUCUUACCAGGUGCUCCUUUGGAAUUCAGGAUGUGUAAUCGGCCUUCUUAAUAGCUAAUCCCCUAAACCUCACCCUGCCGAUUAUUUGGCGUCCUAUUUCACGUGACCGAAUGUAACUAAUUAAAACCAGCUGAGCCGAGCACUGUGCCUUAACCACACCUUCCAGACAUCGUAGACAUCAAGCCUGCUAACAUGGAGGAGCUGACCGAAGUCAUCACCGCAGCCGAGUUCCACCCACACCAGUGCAACGUGUUCGUCUACAGCAGCAGCAAAGGGACCAUCCGACUGUGCGACAUGCGCUCCUCGGCCCUGUGCGACAGACACUCCAAGUUUUUUGAAGAGCCUGAAGAUCCCAGCAGUAGGUCCUUCUUCUCAGAAAUAAUUUCAUCCAUAUCUGAUGUAAAAUUCAGUCAUAGUGGGCGGUACAUGAUGACCAGAGACUACCUGUCGGUGAAGGUGUGGGACCUCAACAUGGAGAGCAGGCCGGUGGAGACCCACCAAGUCCACGAGUACCUGCGCAGCAAGCUCUGCUCCCUCUAUGAGAACGACUGCAUCUUUGACAAGUUUGAGUGUUGCUGGAACGGUUCGGAUAGGUAAGGCCUGCGUGGAGAUGAGCCGUCGCCCCAAGCUUGCUGGUUUCCCAGAGUGCAAGGUCAGUGAGGGAGGCGGGCGCCAGAGGAGGACGCUCAUAGGUGGUGCUUUCCAGGCCUUUUGAUUGAUGGAUGAUAGUAUCAAGGUAGAGAAAACAGGAUCUCUGAGCACGUUUCUCACCUAGCUUGUCAUUCCCUCUAUAUUUAGACAAGAAGUAUAGCACUAGGUACAGGCCGGCUAUGUUUUAAAUGAUGAGUGAACGUCAGUUUUAGUACUUUUUAUUAUGCCAAAGAUGAGUGAAAAGGAAGGAAGUGGGGAAGGGAGUCACCUCACUGGAGCGGCCGCGUUGCAGCCGCCUUUCCUUCUGGGGAGAAGUGGAUGAAAACACCCCGGAGCCACUGCCUGUUGUGCCCAGACACAGCGUGGUCGUGGCUGGUGUGAAACACCAAUGUAAUUUGUAAUGUGCUGGUUCUAGGACCUUGAUAAUUUAUUUUGUAUACAUUCUUUAAAGAUAUUAUGAUUAGUGUGGUUGACAGUUAUGUUUUAUUAUUAUACAAAAAGUUACAUUUCAGAUGAUGGAAGAUGAUCUUGCACCAUUUUAAUACAGAAUGUUUGUUCAGAAUUUAAAAGUACAGAGGAGUCUGCUAUUGGCAAUAGGUGAUUGACUGGAUAUUCUGCAAAACCCUCUGGCAUAAACACCUAGAAAUGCUGGAUAUGAUACAGCAGGUGUCUCUUCAGGUGCAUAGUUGAGCCCACAGAUAAGCAAGGGAAAUCUCACAACAGCCAGAAACUAAGAGGCAGCUGAGGCCAGAACAGCAGCCUCUGAAGGCAUCUAUUCUGAGAGCAGCCCUGCAGCCCCAUCAGCCCAUAGCGGGAACCACUGCGCCCGUGAACAGCAGGUUGUGGUGCAGAGCUGAAGCCCUGUCCCACACACGGUGACUUGCUCACGGUGGCUUUUCCUGUGUGAGCGUGGUAUUUUCAAGAGCUGAAGCCUUGGCCCACACGCGGUGUGGAGUUGGAACAGGGACCCUGGAAGGUGACGUCUCCCUCCACUGGCAGGUGGAGUCCAAAGUGCAGUUUAUGUGUCUGAGGCCUUGCAUGGGGGUGGCCAGCCCUCCCUUGAGACGUGGAAGCAUAACCUCCCUGCACAGGGUUUGCAGUGUGGGUUUGUUCGGCUGCGUUAUGAUCUGUCACAUCUCAUGCCGUGGAGCUCCUGCCUCCACCAGGGCUGUGUGCGGGCAUCGGGACAGACCGGCAUGGUUCCAGCUUGGCUUCUACUGCGAGGGCUGUGUGCGGGCAUCGGGACGGACCGGCGUGGUUCCAGCUCU